GGCCGUUAAAAACACUUUUUAGAUCUACGUAUGUAACUAUGUUCUAAACCCUGCCUUCGGACGUAGCUAUUUUACUACAGGAAUCACAGACUCUCGUUGAAACUGAUGUGUUCGAAAGUAAGUUCGACCAUCGGAUGGUCCUUUUGAGAAGGCAACAUGGCUAUGGAGGUGAAGAGUGUGGAGUUGGAGCGGCAGACAACGGCUAGUAACCCCAAUGGAACGUUUGGAUUUUCUGUACUUGGAGGAUCUGGAACAAAGUUCCCUGCUGUUGUAUGUGAGAUCGAUGCAGGCGGGCCAGCCGAUCUGUGUGGCAAGAUUCGUGUUGGUGAUAGGUUGGUCUCUCUUAAUGGGGAGGAGCUUGACAACCUCACACCGAAUGAAUUGGUUCAGAGAAUCAGAAGCGCUCCCAGUCCUUCCUCAUUUGUGUUGGGUGAAGAUGAAGGAGUAAGAGAGCAGGUACUUUCUCUGUUGAAGAAGCAAGAGAAAAGGGCACAAGCCAGGCAGCAGCGAGCACAGCAACAGCAACAAGUUCACAAAGGUGUUCCACCCGUGUUGGGAAAGGAAGAAAAGGAUAAGAGAAAAAAGAUAAUUGAAAUAGAGCCACCAGUCAACAGAGCAGGUGGAGGGGAUGUGAUAGUCCAGAUUGUGGACAAUCGUAUAGUGGGACAGUUUGAUGUGACUACUGCCACCGAUGACUCAGGGGUGAAAGUAGUAACAGACAACAAACGAAGAAGUCCACACCGCAGUCCAAGGCCACACAGAGCAAAAGGUUCACCGAAACCAGAUCAUGGCAUUUCAGAAGAAAAUGUUGCUACCAGUACCACAAAACUCAGCUCCAACUCUCUGAGAAUGGAAACACACCAUCUUUCUUCCCUGCCACAGGGUCCGCCAACUAAGAGUGUCUCAAUGGAUAACUUUCGCCAUGUUGUUUACGCCACUUCUGGUGCAGCUGUUCAAGAUGACUCACAAGAAUUGAACAACAGUUCUCCGGGCUUGUCAGGGUUAAACACUUCCCCAAAAAGUGGUAGUAUUUCACCAUAUCAUGAGAAGGAAGGGCCAUGUGGGGGCACUGAAGAAGAAGGAGGAGCAGAAACAGUGGAAGAGGGAGAGCAUCCUGGAGGGACCAGGAUUAUUAUCCCACAGCUUCGUAACACUGUUGAUGUCAGCAGAGGACGACAUAGAAGCAGUCUAUCAGAAGCUGUUCUUGUUAAUGAACUUUCAAAACCAAGUACAAGAGAAGAAGAGGGGGAUGCCGUAGGAACCACUGGAAAAGCACCAGAAUCACCGAAGUGGAUAGACCCUGAGGAGAAAGAACGGCUUAUACAGCGUUUCAAUGUGGGACCAACUCGACGUAACAGCCGAAAACAAACGGAUGAAUCUAGUCAAGCUGUCACACUAGCUCGUAAAUUAUACAUGCUUGAUGGUUUCAAGAAAAGUGAAGUGGCAGCGAGGCUUUCUCAGCCAACAGAGUUUGGCCACGCUGUUGCAAGGGAGUACCUGAGUUUUUUUGAUUUUGCUGGACUGGGGCUAAGUGAUGCUCUUAGGCAGUUUCUUGCAUACUUUUCAUUGACAGGAGAGAGCCAAGAGCGUGAGAGGGUCAUGCAACACUUUUCAGAGAGAUACUACGAGUGUAACUCACAAGAAUUUCCUUCAGUUGAUGCUGUUCAUGGCUUAAGUAUUGCUACACUUCUACUCAACACCGACUUGCAUACUGACCAUGGGGGACGAAAGAUGAGUUCAAUUCAAUUUUCUGAUAAUCUGGGACAUAUCGGUGUGGAACUUCCAAGGCAAAUUCUCAAGGAAAUGUAUGAGAGUAUCAAGAAGAACCCACUGCAGUGGGCUGUGGAUGACCCAGUAUCCCCAAGUGCUUCAGGGAAUGUAGUUGAAGACGAGGUGGAAGAGAGAGUGUACCAUGUUACUAUCCCUGGGACCUUUGUACAGGCUGUACUACCGGGCAGUGCACCAGUGUUCAAAGAAGGUUUUGUCAUGAAAAAGAACAUCAUGGAGGCACCCCACAAAAAAGUUUCCAGAGGGAAGAGACAUUGGAAAGCAUACUACGCAUAUCUAAAAGGAUUUCUCCUUUAUUUUGCACCACCGCAGGGGCAGGGUGAGCUGCACUUGGAUGACACUAGCUCAGCCAUAACUGUGACGCACUGCCUAGCAAUGAGAGCUCACGAUUACCACAAGAAGAGUUCUGUCGUCAGAGUCACCACUGCUGAUUGGCAUGUGUUCCUACUGCAAGCAACUGAUGUCACUGAUAUGCAGCAGUGGAUAGGAGCUAUAAACAGUGCAGCAGCACUCUAUUCCUCUCCUCCACUUGCUGCUCCAAUAGGAUCACAGGCUGGUUUUCACAGACCAACAUUCCCAUUGGCCCCUACUAGAAACAGCCAGGAGCAACAAAUAGAGUCUCAUGAAGUGAAGGUAAAGUCUCUGGAUAAAGAAGCUAAAGGAACACCAGGCUAAAAAACCGACAGGAAAGAAUGCAAAACAUGGAUUUUUAGAGGUAUGUCUGUCUCUCUGUGAGUUGGUAUUAUAGUAAUUUGGAACUGAUAUGUGAGUGGGUGUACCAAUAUAAUUGUUGUAUGUAUGUUUUUCAGUGACUUCAAUGGCUAAAACCAGUUUUUCAAUUUACUAUUCUGGCUCAUACCAUACUAAUGGGGGAAAAAUUGGGUGGGUGUAACAGUUGUGUACUCUAGUCCCUACAACAUUUGGACUGUAAGGACUUCCUGGAAUGUGCAUGCCUGCAUUUUAGGUUAUCUAUAUGUAACGUUGUGUCCUUGGGCAGCAUGCACAAGAGGCCAAUAGUAUUAGCAAAUCUUUAUUCACAAGAUCAGUCAAUGACCUCUAGCUAGUGUAAAAUCAGCAUCCCUUACAUACUCACACAUGACAAUGAAUUAUGGAUGACUUAUACCUGAAUUAUGCAAUCGUUGGUAAACAAUCUAUCAUAACUAUGCAACAUGGGCAUGGGUCUAUUGGCAGUCAACAAGGGGGCAGAACCUAAUAGCAGUUGUUUAGCAUUUGGACCUGUUGUUCAGUGACUGGGCGUCGGGUCUGGGUAGCAAGAUGCUAACUAAGGGACAUUUCUGAGAAAGAGCCACCUGUGGCAAUUAUGUAAUUAUCAUGCAAAAGUUCUCUACUUAAAAUAGUUGCAUUCACUUCUUUCAAAGACGACCUCUGAAAGAUUAUAACUUGGCCAACUACAUACGUAAUAAUUAUAACUAGCAUCAGGAUUGGGGUGCUGUUGAGCUCAAUUAAACACUUAAGUUCUAUUGUUUACUGAGGGAAUUUUUACUGCAGGAGUGGUUUGAUCAGUACGAGUUUCUUCAAUUUGAGGUGAAUCGAUUCCGCAUAUAUCUAGCAUCACUGUGCUCAGACACAGUGGUAGAUUUCAAUGCUCCACUUCCAAGUGGACUGAUUCCUUCACCAAGCAUUAGCACAUUACACAAUCCUGACCAAGCAAGUGGAGAGUCUGAUUUCCUUGAAGAAUUCCACCGCCAUGGUCACACAUCACACAUUGUAGGAACACCACCUGUACAUAGGGAUGGUGCUGAUUUCCGGGAGUUACAAAGACAUUCACCAGUUUUAUCUCGUAAACCACAAUUCAAACAACUAUGACACAUUUUUAGCACUGAAAAUGAGCAAUUCUAUAAUUAUGCAUAAUGUUUGUUUUUACUGUGUGUCUGAUAAUAUUUGUAUACACGUAAUAUAAUCAAAAUACACUAUUUAACAUUCGUCGUAAAACACGUUUGUCCUCUGCUAUUAUUUUUCAUGUGUUACUGCCAGAGGACUGGGUGCUCUCUCCACUGGUGGUUGAGUGUCAGAAGUGGCCCAUGGAUCAACAGGGUCAUUACAAUGAGCCUUUUGGUGUGUCAUAGUGUCAGCAACAAGUGUGAGCACUGCUUUAUCAAUGUUUUCUCCACUACGGGCAUUCACUGCCAUGAACUUCAUUUUCAUAGCCUUUGCCUUUGCCUACAGCCUGUGUGAUCAAUAUCGAAUAGUCCUGUUCCUUAAUCGUGUGUCCAGCCAUCAUCCACACAGAGUGCUUGCGGUGUGGUCCUACAUUGUAACGCUCCAUCUCAUGCUUCCAGUUCCCAACACUAUGCAGGGAUUCCUUGUUUGCCAGAUCGAAAAGAUAAAUAUAGCAAUCAGCAAUCAUUGCGUCAGGAUAAAUAGCUUCUGUUGCUACAUCUGUAAGUCGGAACAGCUCAUCAUUUAGCUCCAUUAUUUCCAAGUUAAUAGUUAUUCCAUCAACUACAACUUGGUGUAACUUCUUUUGAAAUCUGUGCUCUCUCUUCCAUUGUGAAGGAGGAUGAUCAGUUGUAUACUUCCCCUCCUAAAACCUAGUGAUGAAACAUGACUUCCCAACUCCUCCAUCCCCAAUAACCAUAAGUUUCAGUACAAUACUCUCCACUUCAAAAGCCUCAACAGCCAUUGCAUAAUGUCACUGCCGCUUCCGAUGAGAUCUGCUACGUCUAAAAACAGCGGAAAACAACCGACGAUGCCACAGUCCGCGAACCGUAUAGUAACCUGAAAAAAAAGGGACGAAUGAUGGGC